AUGGUCCUUCAAGAUCUUGGCCGCCGUAUCAACUCGGCGGUCACCAACCUGACUCGCGAGCAAAACCUCGAUGAAAAGGCAUUUGAUGCCAUGAUCAAAGAGAUCUGUGCCGCCCUCCUCGAAGCCGAUGUCAACGUCCGACUUGUUGGUCAAUUACGAAAGUCGAUAAAAAGCACAGUCAAUUUCAAGGACAUUCCUCCCGCCGUCAACAAGAAGCGAUUGAUUCAAAAGGCCGUCUUCGAUGAAUUGGUGAAGCUCGUCGACCCUCAUGCCGAGCCAUUCAAGCCCAAGAAGGGCAAGCCGAAUGUCAUCAUGUUUGUCGGUCUGCAGGGUGCUGGUAAAACGACAACGUGCACAAAGCUCGCCCGACAUUAUCAGACUCGAGGUUUCCGAUCAUGUCUUGUCUGUGCCGAUACGUUCCGAGCCGGCGCUUUCGACCAACUAAAGCAAAAUGCCACCAAGGCCAAGAUUCCAUACUAUGGUUCGCUAACGGAGACGGAUCCCGCGGCCGUCGCACGCGCCGGUGUUGAACAGUUCAAGAAGGAGAAGUUUGACAUCAUCAUUGUCGAUACGUCCGGAAGACACAGGCAAGAGUCGGCCCUUUUCCAAGAAAUGGUGGAUAUUCAGGAAGCUAUCAAGCCCGAUGAGACCGUCAUGGUACUGGAUGCCUCAAUUGGCCAACAGGCCGAAUCACAGGCCAAGGCUUUCAAGGAGGCUGCAGACUUUGGUGCCAUUAUUAUUACCAAGACUGAUGGCCACGCCCAUGGUGGUGGUGCUAUUUCUGCCGUCGCUGCCACGCACACUCCUAUUGUCUUUAUCGGUACUGGUGAACACAUGCUCGACCUCGAGCGCUUUGCGCCACAGCAAUUCGUUCAGAAGCUGCUGGGUAUGGGGGAUAUCGCUGGUUUGGUUGAGCACGUGCAGAGUUUGAAUCUGAAUCAGCAAGAUACCAUGAAGAACAUUCAAGAAGGCAUAUUCACAAUCCGCAAUUUGCGCGACCAGCUUUCAAAUAUCAUGAAGAUGGGCCCUCUUUCCAAAAUGGCUGGCAUGAUUCCUGGCAUGAGCAACAUGAUGCAAGGCAUGGAUGAUGAAGAAGGGGGCGCCAAGCUGAAGCGCAUGAUCUACAUUUGCGAUUCGAUGACGGAAAAGGAGCUAGAUUCGGACGGCAAGAUCCUCAUUGAGGAGCCGACGCGUAUGACCAGAAUCGCUCGUGGAUCUGGCACGUCUGUACGUGAGAUUGAGGAUCUUCUGACACAACAACGCAUGAUGGCUGGCAUGGUCAAGAAGAUGGGAGGAAGCAUGAAGAACAUGCAACGCGCACAACAAGCCAUGGGCGGUGGCAACAAAGCUCAGCAAAUGGCGGCUAUGCAGAAGCGGCUUGCCAGCAUGGGCGGUGCUGGUGGAGCCGGGGGCAUGCCCGAUAUGGGCUCGCUGAUGAAGAUGCUUGGUGGCGGCGGCGGUGGCGGCGGCGGCAUGCCCGGCAUGCCCGGCGGCAUGGACAUGCAGGCGAUGAUGCGACAGAUGGGAAUGGGCGGUGGGAUGCCAGGCAUGCCCGGCAUGCCUGGCGGUGGCGGACGUGGAAGAAGAUGA